AUCAAUCGUUUUUUCGCCCACCAUUCAGUGAACAACGCCUACCCGAAGCGUAUCGGCUCAAUCGCUGACAUUGAUCCUGCAAAUGGCAUUUAUAGCUCGUUGGCUGGCGAAUCGGCAUCGCAUCAUCAGUUACAUCAGCAGCAGUCACAACAGCAGCUGCAACACCAACAACAACAACAACAGCUAUUGCAUCAGCAACAGCAGCAGCAUGCGCUUCAUCAACAGCAGCAACAACAUCAGCAACAGUAUUAUCAGCAAAUGAUACAACAACAAUCGAAGUCAAGUCUGCGUGUCUACCGUGCUCUAUACGAUUACGAAGCCCAAGAUACCGAUGAAGUGAGCUUCCGUGAAGGUGAUGUUAUAUUUGAAGUAGAAUCAGCCGAUUCUGGUUGGAUGACCGGACGCGUCGAACGCACUGGCAAAACCGGUAUGCUGCCCGCCAACUAUGUGGAGCAAGCCGUUAUAUAAUAGGGAAUGUUAUAUUAUUGUUGUUGUCAUCACCAAUUUGUUCUGAUAGCAAUAAUGAUUAUGAGAAUGAACACUUAAAGAAUUUCGAUGAUGACAAUUAUCACAGCCACAAUCACCAUAAUCAUCAUCAUCAACAUC